AUGAGUAGUGAUUUGGAUCGACAAAUAUCGCAAUUAAAGAAGUGCGAGUCUCUGACAGAAGCACAAGUCAAAGACUUGUGCGACAGGGCUCGUGAAAUGCUGAUUGAAGAGGGGAAUAUCCAGCAUGUAGAUGCACCCGUGACAAUUUGCGGUGAUAUUCAUGGGCAGUUUUAUGAUUUAAUGGAGCUUUUCAGCGUCGGUGGCAUGUGCCCAGAUACCAGAUACCUCUUUAUGGGCGAUUUUGUUGACCGCGGGCUUUACUCUGUCGAAACAUUUCUGCUUUUGCUGGCACUAAAAGUGCGAUAUCCUGAUAGAAUCGUCUUGAUUCGUGGAAAUCACGAAUCACGUCAAAUUACGCAAGUGUAUGGGUUUUACGAUGAGUGUUCUCGGAAGUAUGGAAAUGUGAAUGUAUGGCGGUAUUGCUGUGAAGUGUUUGACUAUUUGUCACUUGGGGCUAUUGUUGAUGGGCGUGUGUUUUGCGUGCACGGUGGGCUGAGUCCAAAUAUCCUUAAACUGGACCAGAUUCGCUCAAUUGAUCGCAAGCAAGAAGUACCGCAAGAUGGGGCAAUGUGUGAUUUAUUGUGGUCGGAUCCAGACGACAUUAGCGGUUGGGGUGUAUCGCCACGCGGGGCUGGGUACCUUUUCGGCGGGGAUGUUGUCAAAGGCUUUGUUCACACGAAUGGCCUUGACUUCAUUGCUCGGGCGCACCAGUUAAUAUUGGAAGGGUAUAAGCAGAUGUUUGACGCUACAAUUGUGACGGUGUGGAGUGCACCGAAUUAUUGCUAUCGAUGCGGUAAUGUGGCUAGCAUACUGGAAUUGGAUGAUGCCUUGAACCAAAAGUACAAAACAUUUGAUGCGGCUGAACAAGGGUGCGUGCAUGAACGUAAUCUAGAUGGAGGCUGA